AUGGUGGAUAUGAAUUCCAUUAAAAAAACAAGUGUAGCAAAUGAAUUUUUAGUGCAGAGCAUGAGACAAGAUAAUAUUUACUAUGUCAUUAAUAGUGGAAUGGGUGUAUGCACUUGUCCAGUUGGUGUAUCUGGUGCUCCCUGCAAGCAUCAGGGCGUCAUCGCUAUUAAAUAUCAUAUAGCAAUGUUUAACUUUAUACCUUCAAUAACACCCAAAGAUCGCAUAAUUUAUUCAUAUAUCGUGCUUGAUUAUUUUUCUGAGGAUCGUUCAUUUUAUGCAUUGCUACGAACAGAACCUUUUCAGAAAGAUCAAGAGCUCUUAUUAUUAAGCGGCACUCCUAAUGAAAGCUUCGAUGAAAGCUUCGAUGAAGCUACUGAUAGAGAGUCUAAUAAUAGAGAGGAUAAAGGCAUUGGCGAUAUUUCUAUAUUUUUAGAGGAAAUUAAAAUAGAUUAUGAAAAUUCAAGUUCCCAGUUACGCAUAGCACUUGAUAAAUUCGCAGAGCAGUAUCAUCGAGCAAAAUCGAAGUCUAUUCCUCGGCUUGUUUCAUUUCUUUAUGAUCUUAAUCAUAAUUCAGACCCAGUAGCUCAUUUUAGAAGUGGUUCUGCAAUUUGUAUUCAAGUAGAAUAUGUGAACAGACGAAAACCAACAAGAUCAAGCAGUGAAAAGCAAAAGGUUAAUAAAGAAAAUGAAGAUUUGAGAUCCUCAUAUUAUUCCUUGCUGCAAGAAGAAGAAAGUUGGGAAAAAGGAAUAUAA